GGAGUCCGCGGCCGGUCCGCCCCCGCGGGAGGAGAGCCAUGCCGCCCAGCCGAGUAUUAUAAAUGGACACUGACAUGGACUACGAAAGGCCCAACGUGGAAACCAUCAAGUGUGUGGUUGUGGGUGACAACGCCGUGGGGAAGACGCGCCUGAUCUGUGCCCGGGCUUGCAAUACCACACUGACCCAGUACCAGCUGCUGGCCACCCACGUGCCAACUGUCUGGGCGAUUGACCAGUACCGUGUCUGCCAGGAGGUCUUGGAGCGCUCCCGGGAUGUUGUUGAUGAAGUGAGCGUCUCUCUCCGGCUUUGGGACACCUUUGGCGACCACCACAAGGACAGGCGCUUUGCGUAUGGCAGGUCAGAUGUGGUGGUCCUCUGUUUCUCCAUCGCUAAUCCCAAUUCCCUCAAUCAUGUGAAAACCAUGUGGUAUCAGGAGAUCAAGCACUUUUGUCCUCGCACACCUGUGGUCCUAGUUGGCUGCCAGCUUGAUCUCCGCUACGCCGAUCUGGAGGCUGUGAACAGAGCCAGACGCCCGCUAGCAAGGCCCAUAAAGAGAGGUGAUAUUCUGCCCCCAGAAAAAGGCCGAGAGGUUGCAAAGGAACUUGGCAUACCGUACUAUGAGACCAGUGUGUUUGACCAGUUUGGAAUCAAGGACGUAUUUGACAACGCGAUCCGAGCAGCACUGAUCUCCCGCCGGCACCUGCAGUUCUGGAAGUCCCACUUGAAAAAAGUUCAGAAACCUCUACUUCAGGCGCCCUUCCUACCUCCAAAAGCACCCCCGCCGGUCAUCGCGGUCCCAGAGUGCCCCCCUGCGGGCACGAGCGAGGCCGCCUGUUUACUGGACAGCCCUCUGUGUGCCGACGUCCUGUUCCUCCUCCAGGGCCAGGAGCGCAUCUUUGCACAUCGAAUUUACCUUGCUACCUCUUCUUCCAAAUUUUAUGAUCUUUUCUUAAUGGAAUGUGAAGAAUCUCCAGAGUGGGGCAAAGCAGUUUGUGAAAAGGAUAUGCAAAGCAGGGAGUCCCAGGGUCGGACACUGAGUCUUGACCCAGCUGAUAAAGGGGAGGAAGGCCUCCCUAGGACACCACAGGCCGAUCAGGGGACACCCUCAUGCCAGAACCCUUUGGAGACUCUGGGGCUAGAAGCCGAGGGAUUGGGUCCCGGGGCGCAGACUCUGGCUGGCUGGAGCAAGGGCUUCCUUGGCAUGCACAAGGAAGUGCAGGUCAACCCCAUUUCCAAGCGAGCAGGGCCCGUGACUGUGGUCAGGAUGGACUCCUCGGUACAGCCCGGCCCUUUCCGGACCUUGCUCCAGUUCCUUUACACAGGGCAACUGGACGAAAAGGAAAAAGAUUUGAUGGGGCUGGCUCAGAUUGCAGAAGUGCUGGAAAUGUUUGAUCUGAGGAUGAUGGUGGAGAACAUCAUGAACAAGGAGGCCUUUAUGAACCAGGAGAUCACGAAAGCCUUUCAUGUCAGGAAAGCCAAUCGGAUAAAAGAGUGUCUCAGCAAGGGGACUUUCUCAGAUGUGACCUUCACCCUGGACGACGGAGCCCUGGGCGCGCACAAGCCGCUGCUGAUCUGCAGCUGUGAGUGGAUGGCUGCCAUGUUCGGGGGGUCCUUCGUGGAGAGUGGCAGCAGCGAGGUGCAUCUCCCCAACAUAAACAAGACGUCAAUGCAAGCAGUGUUGGAUUAUCUCUACACCAAGCAGCUGUCGCCCAACUUGGACCUGGACCCACUGGAGCUCAUCGCCUUGGCCAACAGAUUCUGCCUCCCACACCUGGUGGCGCUUGCAGAGCAGCAUGCAGUGCAGGAGCUGACCAGGGCCGCUGCGAGUGGCGUGAGCAUCGACGGGGAAGUGCUGUCCUACUUGGAACUGGCCCAGUUUCACAAUGCCAACCAGCUGGCCGCCUGGUGCUUGCACCACAUCUGCACCAACUACAACAGUGUUUGUUCCAAGUUCCGCAAGGAAAUCAAAUCAAAAUCUGCAGAAAACCAGGAGUACUUCGAGCGGCACCGCUGGCCCCCGGUGUGGUACCUGAAGGAGGAAGACCACUACCAGCGCGUGAAGAGGGAGCGAGAGAAGGAGGACCUUGCACUAAACAAACAUCACUCGAGACGCAAGUGGUGCUUCUGGAAUUCAUCUCCUGCAGUAGCCUGAAGAGGAAGAGAAGGACGCCCGUAAUCUGACACAUGGCUUUGAAAGCACUACUGUAAAAUUAGUCUUCUGCUUAGAGGUGCGCUGUAGUUCAGGUUUCGGCACUGGCCUCCCUCCACUUCUGUGCGUUUCUCUUCGCUAGGGUCAAAGCACAUGCUCACCGUCAGCGAGCCUGGAAAAGGGGGAAGCUGACUCCCUGUGUUCCUCAGACUACCACUUCUGUUUCUUACUAGACAGCCUAACUGACUUCAGUCCGUUAUUUUGUUUCUUUUUAUACAAAGAAAAUAAUCCAGCUUUCAUGUUUCAGAUUCCAAAUUGGAAAAUAUUUUUA